AUAAAAGAGUCAAGAGAGACUCAAUGAUUCCAAAGAUUCCAUUGAAUGAUGCUAACUAACAAUAGUCUUGCAUCAAACCAUUCCGUAUGGGAUCACAAAGGUGGCUAGGCAACAACAUGAUGCCAUAGAACAUAGGGUAAACUGGAAUUUUUUGUUCACUUUUGCUUGAGUUGAGUGUGUAGUUGGCUGGUUUCAGAUUUGUGGAUAAUUUGAUGUUCAAACUGUGAUUUCUGGCAAUCUUAUUUAAAUGCGGUUCUGCUGGUUCUUAGCCUGCUGCCUGGCAGCAUGGCAGGAUGAAGGCAAAAAAAUUAAGAAAUGUGUCAAAAAAUACGGACUGGUAGAGCUAAAAAGAGAACUGGAAGCUUUGGGAGUGAACAUUGAUGGGCACGUGGAUGAGACUAAAAAGAAAAACAAAAAGAAGAUCAAAAAGGAAUUACAAAAGCUCCUCAUAAAGGAGCUGAAGAAGAUUGAGCACGACAAAAAAAGACUGGACAACAGGGCUUACGAAGACGGGUUCACUAUGCCCAUGGAUAUCCCCGAGCAUGUCCUAUCUGCUCUGAAUGAACUGGAGGCUUUGAGAAUUUACAGUGAUGAGGACAUGGAUGUGACUACAAAGAAAAACAAAAUGAAGAGAAAAAUUGAACUACAAAGGUUCCUAAUAAAUGAGCUGAAGGAGGCUGAGCACGGCAAAACUGACCUGGACAACCAAGUUUACGAAGAGAAAUCACUAAUCACUAUGCCCAUGGAUAUCCCUGAAGAUGUCCUAAAUGUCCUAGAUGAUCUGGACACAUUCUUGGAUAAACAGUUGGAAGUAUCAGAGAGAUAUGAACGAGAAGAUGCCGUGCUCGACAGUCUCCUGUUUAAAGUGGUCUCGACUCUGGAAAGAGAAAUGAAAAGGAAGAGAAACAGAGAGCAUGGAGGCCAGACGCUGGAGACAGGAAAGAGGAGGAGGAACGGGAGGCCUGUUUCUGGAGUGCCCUACAAAUUCACAAUAGCUCCAUCCCUGGGAGGAGGUUUUGUGUGGUAGGACCCAGCAGCAGACGGCUGACAAGGACAAGGACCAUUACCAACAAUCAAUAAAACCAAAACCAGA